GUCUGCGUGGGCAACCGCAAGCUAGAUUGCAUGGAUAUCGAGAUCAAGGUGGAUCGCCCCAGACCCGCAAGCGUCAGCCCCGCCCUCCCAAGCACCUCGCAACGGGACCUAUGCUUCGAAAACGGUGUCCUGCGUGCCUACCGGGUAAAGCUUGCCCCUGGGGAGUUCAUCGGCAGUGUCUUCGAUGCGGGAGGUGGGAAGGGGUCGAUGGUGCCGGUGCCGUUUGGGUACCUCGCUGUUGCCAUGACCAUCGCACAGUUGUCGAGCGGGGAGGUUAAGCCUGGCGACAAUUGGUGGUGUGGCAAGUCCUCGGGAGACAUUUCUGCCGGUGAAGCUGGCACUACUGCUGAUGGUGCAUGGAGCAACGUUGGAGAGGAAGAAGUGGAGGUGAUGAUUCUCCAGCCAAUGUAGGAGCACGACCAACCGUCGUCGUUCUGAGGAACACGUGCUUUCGCACAACUCUCCCUGUAUAUGUAUAUUUAUUUUUCUCCCAUCAUUAGACUCUGUCGUCUGCCCCUCUGG